AUGGAGGACGCCGCCGCGCACGUGCUCCACCUCCUCGAUCUCUACUGGUUCCGCCAACAAAUCCUCCUCCCACCUCCUCCUCCUCCGCCGCCGCCGCCACCGGCAGAUCCGCAGCCUCGUCAGCCUCUCCGCCUCCGCCGCGCUCUCAGCCACGAGUCCGCCCCCGCCCCUUCCGCCUCCCUCGCCAUCCAACCGCCCCAGCUGAGGGCCAUCCUGUCCGGGAAGGAGGCCCCACCGGAGGCCCUCUUCCCCGCGCCCCCCGCCGCCCACGCGAAGGGCAACGGCGACCGGAGGCAGAAGAGGAGGAGGCUGAGGAGGACGAAGAGCAAGAGCUUGACGGACCUGGAGUUCGAGGAGCUCAAGGGGCUCAUCGAUCUGGGCUUCGCCUUCUCCCACGAGGAGGCCGACCCCCGGUUGCUGGAGAUCGUGCCGGGGCUGCGGAGGAACAAGGCUGGGGGCGCACCGGGAUCCGUCUCCGUCGCCAGGCCGUACCUAUCGGAGGCGUGGGAGACGAGGCCGGAGGCGGAUCUCCUGAACAAUUGGCGGUUCCAAGCCGCCGCCGCCGCCGGCGGGGUGAACUUGAAGGACCAGCUGAAGAGUUGGGCGCACGCGGUCGCAUCCGCCAUCGUACGAUGA